CCCCGACUUACAGAUAUUCUGCUCCGCGCCGGAGUAGAGUAACUGACUUCCUCAGAGCUCCUUCGCCACCUCCAGAUCCAACCCUACCCGACGUCCCGCUAAUCCGGCUGACCGAGGAACAAGAGAUGGCAAAGCGCAGCAGAAUCAAAAACCUUCUGACCGCUACCUCAGCCGAGAUACCGAGCGUUGUAACCCGGUCGCCAGCCGCCGGCCAAUCCAGCAGCGCUGUGGUCGCCCUUGCGUCCCCGGCUCCAGCUGCCGGGCAAUCUGCCAGAGAAGCGCGCCGGGCUGGAAAAAGACCAAGGGCAGAUCCCUCCGCCGAGCUCGUCGCCGAGCUGACAACCGAACAUCCAGCUGAAACUCCUGCUCCCGUGCCCGCUUGGCGUCCUCAGCUGAAGCACCGGGGACAGGACAUCCCGGCGACUGCAUCGAUCAAGGCAGACAAAGAACAUUUGCUUGCCUUCGAUCUCUCCAAAGCAUUUCUCCUACCGGGCGACGUGGUAGGCAGUGACCACGUCCCUGACACCCGGCUGGUAAAAUCUUCUGUGAAGUCGAUGGCCAGGGCCAUUCAAAAACAACAUUUGGUCCUAGAGCGCAUCCACCGGCUUAGGCAGAAAGCCAACGACACUGCGAGCCAUGUUGAAAGCCUCCAAGCCGAGCUCGGCCGGGCUAAAGCUUCUCUCGAAAUGGCCAACCAUGACAAUAAUAGACUGCUCGGUCAGCUGGGCGCGGCCGAGAAAAAACAAAGUGAGCUUCCGGCCGAGGUUGACGCUUUGAAGAAGGCGAAGAAGAAGGCUUGCCGGGCUGCCAACAAGGCCGGGUUCAACGAGGCCGAAGAGAGCUAUAAGAAGCAGGUGUUUGCAACACAAGACAUCUACUUCAAGGCCGGUUGGAAGUCUGCCUGUGAACACCUCGGCCAGGGCUCUGACACCGACGUUUUUGCCAAUCCUCCCAAAGCUUCACUACCGGUCUACCUUGUGCCAUAUGCAAAUGAUGUAUUCAGUGCGCUUCAAGCGGAGGCCGAGGAAGGACUUGAAGUUGGAGAGGAUGACACAGAUUCUGAGGAAGAAGAGGCCGAGGUGCCUGAACAGCCCGGCAACGAUGAGCCCGGCACCCAAGAAGCAAGCCAAGCUGUUGACCUUGAUGCUGAUGCUGCCGAGGAUGAGUUCACCAAUCUUUCCCCCUUAGUUUAGGUUUCUUUUCUUUGUAUUUUUGCUUUCAAUACACUUGAUGUAACCGGGCUUUGUCCCCACCUUUUGUAAUGAAUUUCUUUAUCAAUGAAAAAUUUUGAAUUUUCGUCAAGUGUUUGCCUGGUAGUAAUCAGUUCCGUCUUCAGCAAACCAUCUCGGUAUAACUUAUCAUUUCAACAAUUUGUCGACCGGAGUCCAUAACACGGUCGAAGAACUUGAGCAUAACAAAACAAAUUCACGCACCGAAAUACCCAUCUCGGCUGUAGCAAAGUUGGGCAAGAUACCAACUCUUCCAACCGGAGUACAUCAUCACGGUUGGGAAUCCU